GAGAGGUUUCUGUGCAGUGCUCUCACUCAGCCCGUGCUGUCAGUCCCGGCUGGAGCCGCCGUCAGACCGAGUAAUAUAGUAUAAAAAAAGGAGGUUGUUAGGGAGGUUCUAUCCUGCCGCUGCAACUGCUGUGAAGGGGGAUAAAGCUACCGACAGAUACUAAGACAGGAGGAAUGCCGUCUCGCUUUCUUUAAUUACACAACUGUAGUUUGAAACCGAAGAUUCUGAAGACCUCUGAAGGCACAUACAUUUGAUGGAACUGUGAGCAAGCUCUGCAUAUUUAUUACUAAGAGAUCUAAGAAGAGAUAUCAGUGUAUAGUGUUGGGACUGAGUCUGGGCAAUACAGUGCCUGAAAAAGGCUGACAAUCGUGUUUUCACGUCUUUAAACUGAAAAAAACAGAUUCUAAACGCGGAAAAUAGGAACAUUAGUUGUGCCCGCUUUGGGAAACCGCCAGGUAUCAUUUCUCUCACAAAGGAGGGGUUCUUCUGCCGCUGGAUCCAGCGGAGACACGCCGAAAAGGGGGGAGCGUUAAGAAUGAAUAUUAUAAAAUGCGUUUUAAUUUGGAUAUAAUCGUUACCAAUUAGACACAGGGUCGGUAAUCAAUGCAUCGUUUUAUUCAGACCACCAGACAAAUACUUUUUUUUCUAGAGCCUAUACAACCGACGGGGGAGAAAUAACUAGAUUUGCUAUAGCUGUUUUGGAUUCUAGGUCGGUGUUUAAGCACAACAAUACAAUAAAAAAACAUACAAUAAAUACAAAUAAAAAACAAGAUUUUUUUUUUUUUUUUGUCAGCGCACACUGGGGUAAACCAUAAAGUAAAAAUAGACAAGCGCAGUCCUGCAUUCAGAAAUUGAGGAAGUGGACAUUUUAGUGGGUACUGCCGAACAUUACCGUAAUAAUUGGGAAAUGCACAUUCGGUCAGGGAACAUUAUAAAGGCCUGGGAGAUUUGAUUUAAUUACAUUGUUGGGAUAAAUAGCAGAACUGCAGUUAAAAACGAAAAUCUACCAAAAGCAUUACAAGACAUGGUAUUUGCUGGCUCACAUUUCACAUCCUGCACGGGGACUAGAGAGGGGAGAGGCACAGUCUAGGACAAAAUGGAAUAACGCAGCCAAUAACUAAUUUGCCUAUAUCAGGUAGAGAAAGGGUCCUGGGAUCCAAAUCUAAUAAAGAAAGAGAAGUAUACACAAAGAACCUGUUUCUUUUUCUUGUGGAGUGGAAUGACUAGGAUAGCCCUGGCUCUGGAAUAUUGCAACUGAUCACGUAGAGGAGGGCGAGGGGCUGAUAAUAAGCGACCGAGAUCCGACUGUCUCCCAUGGUGAGAGCCAGAUCAAUUGGAAAUUAACUGGGGUUUAGAUGCAGGGUCCCCCCAUUCUUUGCUAGUGCGGUAAUUUUAAAAUCAACACCUCUCUUCUUAAGCUAUCAAGCUAGGUAGAGAUUGUUCAUGAUCAAUAAUAGGCGAACAGGUGCAAAGUAGUGUACAAAAAACAGGCGAGAAGAAAAUACGUCGAGGAACACAUUGGGCCCCCUGUUUGUAAUGGAGGGCGAUCGGGACAUGUACCGCCAGUUUCAGGACUGGUGUCUCAGGACAUAUGGUGAUUCCGGGAAGACGAAGACAGUGACCCGUAAAAAGUACGACCGGAUAGUGCAGCUACUAAAUGGAUCAGAGUCCAGCUCCACAGACAAUGCUAAGUUUAAAUUUUGGGUCAAGUCCAAAGGUUUCCAGCUUGGGGCUCCAGAUGCGAUCAACGGAGAGAAACUAGUGCUGUACGUGCCGGUGAAAACUACGGAAGGCAUGGGGAUAGAUGAGAAAGUGUCUUUAAGACAAGUGGCUGUGGUAGAGGAUUUCUUUGAUAUCAUCUACGCCAUGCAUGUUGAGAAUGGAACUAAUGGAGAGAAAACACGGAAACAUGCUGGACAAAAGAGGACUUACAAGGCGAUUUCCGAGACCUAUGCCUUCCUGCCACGAGAAGCGGUGACACGGUUUCUAAUGAGCUGCUCUGAGUGUCAGAAGAGAAUGCAUUUAAAUCCAGAAGGGGCAGAGCACAAAGAAAAUGGAAAGCCACCCACUUUGGUGACCAGCAUGAUUGACUAUAACAUGCCAAUAACAAUGGCCUACAUGAAACACAUGAAGCUCCAGCUACUAAACUCCCAAAACAAUGAGGAAGACAGUUCUUUGGACAGCGAUGAAUUUGACACGAGUGACUCCACACGGAUGUCAGCAGUGAAUUCUGACCUGAGUUCCAACCUCGAAGAGAGAAUGAACAGUCCCCAGAAUCUUCACAAUCAGCAAGAUGAUGAUUCUGCAGCCGACAGUAUAAAUGGAAAUGAAACAGUGACAUACAGCUCCAGUGCUACUAGAGGGAGCCACUGUAGAGAGAUGGUGGACAUCAACAGCAGCUGCAAAAUAACACCAGAGCAGAACGAGCAGCCCCUGAAUCUCAGUGACAGCCCCUCGGCAACUGAGCGUCCCUCAGAGAACCACAGCACCAAUGGGAGGAGUAAAUACAAAAGCUUCCUGCUGCCAGAUGUCAAAACAGACCCCAAGGAAAACGAGAGUAAGUCACCUGCACACAGCUUCUCCAGCUACGACUCUGGGAAGAACGAGAGUGUGGGGGGUGGAGUGGAGGACCUGUCACUCAGUCGUGGAGAUGAGGAUGAGGACGAACACGAUGAUCAGGAAGACUCGGAGAAGACCAUGGAGACGGAAGGUGUAGAGACAGAGCGCCUCAAAGCUUUCAAUAUGUUUGUCAGGCUGUUUGUAGAUGAAAACUUGGACCGAAUGGUCCCAAUAUCUAAGCAGCCCAAAGAAAAGAUCCAGGCUAUCAUUGAGUCAUGUAGGCGACAGUUCCCUGAGUAUCAGGAACGUGCCCGGAAACGUAUACGCACUUACCUGAAGUCCUGCAGGAGGAUGAAAAGGAAUGAUUUUGAUGCGUCCCGACCUAUACCUUCACACCUCACUUCGGCAGCAGCAGAGAACAUACUGGCAUCAGCUUGUGAGAGUGAAAGCAGAAACGCUGCAAAGAGGAUGCGUCUGGACAGACCACAGGAUGAAGCUGUUUCAACUGACAAACAGUAUAAACAAGAACCCGUCCAGGUCACUUUCCCAGUAUCAGCUGUUUCUACUGCACAGGAGGUGUUGUACAUCAAUGGUAAUGGAACCUACAGUUGCCAUAGUUACAGCGGGUUAGGGGGAGGACUGCUGAACCUCACUGAAGCUUCUAGCAGUGGACCUACUGAUCUCAGCAUGAAGAGACAAUUAGCUCCAAGUUCAGGCUCCUCAAGCAGUUCUGGUUCACGGCCCCAGCUAAACUCCACUGAAAUCAAUGCGGUCAGGCAGCUUAUCGCGGGAUACAGAGAGUCAGCAGCGUUCCUCCUCCGCUCGGCAGAUGAACUGGAAAACCUGAUCUUACAACAGAACUGACCUCUGAACAACACCAUGCCUAAAGAGAGGGUUUCCGUUGAAGUCUUUCUUAUUUUGUUCUUGCUGCUUUUUGGUUGACCUUUUUUCUGGUUGUAAAAGCCCCUUUGUUUUUGACUGCCAUAACAACACCAUACUGCCCCGUAUCCCCGAAACAGCGUCACACACGAGUGGCUGCUUCGAAGUGUUGACCUUGGAUAUUUUACACGGUACCUCAUUGCUUAGUCAGAUGCUUUUCCUCCUGUGUCAACAAAACAAACAAAAAUACUGCAGUGGAUUUUUUGUUAUUCUGUCUUAAGUGAGUGAGAAAAGAAUUAACAAGAUAAUGUGCAGUACGAAAGGGUCUAAUAUGCACGUGCAAUAUUAUUGAUGGGUGCUACUGACUGUUUUCUGAGACUUUGACUUAGACUUUUUCUUUUUAUAUUACAGUGUUUUAUUGAUUUAUUGUACAGUAGUGAUAACUUGGGACCAACUGUGUGAAAAUCAGUAAUUUACUUAACCCUUUAUAGACCAGACAUUUUUGAUUUUGUAGUCAUUUCAGCACCAUGUGACUCUUUUACAUGUGCUUAAAAUUGUUUUUAAAAAACUAAAUUCACAUCUGAUUUAGUGAAGUAUGGGGGUGAAAUAAAAGCCUUUCUAAAACAAAAAAAAAUCCUUAUUAGAACUUGAACUUGGUUUGUUGUAAAAACAAAAAAUGGCCUUGUAUAAGAGUGAAACGAGGGAGAAAGAUAGCUAUGCUGGUGCCUUUCUCACUCUGUUACACACCAAACAUUAAUUUCUUUGUCCUUUUUAUAGAGUGUGACCAGGGUCAUUGACAAUCAAUCAUUCAAUUACCACCUGACCACAUGCCACACUUUUUAAUAAAUCAAUUCAACAAUUACACCAUCCCCACACCAAUUAAACAAUUACCUUAGCCUGUGGCUGUGCAUAGGCAACAGCAACACACACAUUUCUUAUUUUGCAGGGUCUCCACCCCGUCACAUCUCGUCCCCAAACUCUGCCACAAUAUGUGUGUGGCUACUUUGUUCAGAUUUUAAGGUAUAAAUGCAUUUAAAUAUAUCUGGAGUCAAUUUUCAAUAAAACAUGUAGUAGCACUUGACAAAUCAUAGCAAAAGACAGUGACGAAAAUGAUAAAGCCCAGAAACAUGAACAUAACUUUGAAAUUAAAAAAAAUAGCACAAAUAUAAAAGCACAUCAUCAAUCUGGGUCCUGAAUUUCAAAACGGAGAGUGUUAUGAUAACCAACGAUAAAACAAGAAUGCAACUACAUUCACAAAUUAUGUACUGUAAUGCUGUUACAUUCUGGAAUGUCAACCUGAUUGUAGCCCUUAAAGGGUUACAAGCUUCUUGAUGACCAUUUCAUGUUUAGAUUCUGUGUUUCAGUCUUUGGCAACUUAAGUGUAGAAAGGACAGGCUGCUGUGAAUCAGAGAAGUGUGGUACAAAGGGGGUUGUUUAAAUGUUACUUUCUGAUGGAUAAAGGUUAUUGUUAAUUUGGCUCUGCUAUUGAGACCAUAUUCCAGGUAUGUAAGCCAUAAAGAAGAGUCCAGACAAUACACUAACUCCCCAUAUCCUCAGUCUAAAACCCUGCUGUGAUCAUUUGCAGCUAGGAAAGGCUGUAUACAAUGUAGGUAAUAUCAAAAUAAAGCAAUGGCUAUUCUAUAAGUACGGUAUCUGAGCUAGCUCUGUGAGUGCUGCUGCUUUUAUUAUUAUUAUUAUUAUUAUUAUUAUUAUUAUUAUUAUUAUUAUUAUUAUUAUUAUUAUUAUUUCCUUUUCGUGUUUAUUUUACCUGUGGGAUGUAAAAUAUCGAAUGUUGCAAGGUUGCAAGUGACAAUCUGAAAUCUUUGCACUCUUCUGUAUAUUUUUCAAUUACAAACUGUGAUUGAAGUGAGGCUGUUUAAUGCUUCAUAAGUAAUUUAUAUAUCGUUUCCAUGCUAAAUUCGGCACAAACCUGUUGCAACUGGAUGCAGUUCUCACAGUUUUUGUAGUUGUACUUUAUGGUCUGUAACAUAUUUUUAUACUGUUGAGUAUAGAGAUGUUUGGUUUGAGUUCAGUGAAAAGAUGUAUUAUAUGUGUCGUAAAAAAUAUCUUCGGUUUAACUUUUUGUGGUAAAAGAAAUUGAGAUUCUUUAAUUUUGACAGUGAUAUAGCUUAACAGAUUGGUUCUACAUGCAUAUGAAAUCUGCCUUACUACAUGUUAAAUCCUAUUUAAUUUUUUUAAACUGUUGUGCUGGCAGUUCAUAUAAAUAUAAAUAAAUAUGUUAUUACUAUUUCUGUUUAAUAACUGACUAUGAUUGUGAUCAAGUAAUGUGCACUUUCUAUUGUAAUUGUGGACACAUCCAUGCAUUUUCUAGUGUUUCUUACAUUUGUUGCUUAAAGUAAACUAAAUGAAUUUUUUUGUGAUACUGUUGGUGAAUAUGUGAAAAGUCAAAUUAAUGAGA